CUACAACAUCGUGGGACAUUCGAUAAUUUAUCCCGUUCUUUUUUCGGGGGAAGAAAUUGGAAAUUUCCCUUUCUGCUUUUCAUUCUCUGAUCUCUGAAUUUCCACGCAACGGCGGUCCAGAAGUUUGAUCCAGGCCGUUUGAGCUCUUCCGGCCGCCAGAGCCAUAAGAUUUGUGCGUCUCUCGCUCCGGAAGACUCCGGAAGGGGCUAAUCGCUAUUUCUUUGAGCAUCUGCAGCGAGAAGAACGACUGUACAGCGCCAUGUCUCGGAUUGAUGAUUUACCAUAUUCUAGGCCACCAAAACAAAAAGCUUCGCACCCAAAAGCUUCCACAGCAUCUCAUUUACAAGGGAAAGAUCCCAACGAUCGAAUUAAGGGGUCUUUCCCAGCACAAACAACUCAGAAGUCCUCCAAAAGAAGUUUGAAGAAUGAACCAUCAGUAGCGCUCCAGCAGCCCGAAAGGUCGAAUUCGGAUUCGCUGCCAGAUUCUUCAUCUGCAUCUGGGAAUGAGUACCGUGUUUUAAGAAGGAAAUAUUUGCUCCUGGAGGAAGAGAGCUUUUCUCUGGGAACAGAACUGAAAGAAGUUGAAGAUGAGGUGAAGGCCCUUGAAGAAGAAAAGCUUGGUCUCUUGGAUGAACUCCUUGUUUUAGAAGGACUGAUCGAUCGCUCAGAACUGCAGCUUGCCCACUCAAAUUUACCUCCACCUUAGCUUCUUUCUAGAUAAUCUUCCGCCUUUUGAGCUGGAAAAACAUGAAUAGAUUGUUAGGAGCUGCCGAUGGAUAUAAGAAAAAAUGUUCAACCUUUUAACCAUUUUAGGUUGGAGCCUAACAAGACAAGAAAGGAAGCUCCUAUAUGAUUCUUCCUCCCCCUUGUGAAAAUGCAUUUCUGUAGUAAUCUCAAAUUUUAUGAUCCAAUGGGUUGAUCUUUAUAAGCCGCUGGUUUGAUAUAUAUAGAUUUCUGAUGGUUUUUCGAUUUUCAA